CGUUCCCCACUCACAGGUCACAGCUUUCACGAGCGUUUUGUGUUUCUCCUUUCCUCCUCUCGGCUCCCCCCCAUCUCUUGUCCUCGGUACGUCCACAACCAUGGCUACCAGACUGGUGUUUUCAGAAGAAGACAUGACUGUCGACGAAGGCCUCGGGUACCCAAAAGCUUACGCCAAGCUCUGUCGGGAUUCCCAUCUCAACCCUUACUGCAAUGCCCCCCCUUCCACCUUCAUUCCUUAUGUUUUGCCCGACCAUGAGGCUUCAAGGGCUCGCGAAUUAGAUGAUAUGUUUCCUAUAACCGACCCUGAAGCGAAACCUUCCACGAAACCAACAAUCUAUUCUGGCCUUCUAUGGAAGCAGCUCGACCACCUCGGGAAUGCUGGCUUCGAUCCUGCAAAGUUUCGAGUAGAUCCAUAUGGCAAUGUUCUGUAUUAUCUUGCAGAUGCCGCUUCUCCCCUUGCCUGGGAAAUCGAUCAUUGGUUCCCUUGCUCAAGAGGAGGACGAACUGUCCCAAGCAAUUUGAGGAUAUUGCAAUUGCAAGUGUGCAGAAAGAAGCACAACAAGCUGGAAUUUCUCGUUCCGUGGUGGGAUCUUCAAUUGGGUAUCUCUGUAAAUCAGUUCCUAUCUGUAUUUGCUUCUUCAAACUUGGAUUUUAGGAAUAGAGCAUUCUCCCUCUUGUUUUCUGAAGGAGAAAAUGAAGAAUUGAAUUCUUCGCAAACAGUGGAUUCUCAUGCUUUUCCACAACAUUUCAUGGAGACAAGCAAACAUGUAGGCAUUGCUCCAGCUGCCAUUGUUUUAUCUCGUAAGCCUUCUUCUGAUGCAUCAUUGGCUCUACAGUCUAUCGAUCUCAAUAGGCGAUUCAGGCCAAGCUCUCCUGCUACAGCUACAAGGAAAUUGUUAGCUGAUGAUAAUGAAUCUGUCUGCAAGUCGAUCCAGAGGUACAAACCUAGUAUCUCAAAGGAAAAUGAUAAUCCUAACAUGGUAACAAACCCAUAUAUGGCUAUCUCCAUGGCCAGAGAUUCCCUAAGGCAGAGAGAAGAGACGGAAAAGAUGCAAUCAGAAAUGCAAAAACUGGACGAGGAAUUGGAUGAAAUGAAGAAAAAGAAUGAAGAUGAAAGGCUUGCUAUCCAAGAGUUGGAGUUGUUGCUGAUAAAACGUAGGAGAAGGGUCGAGAAAUGUAGGCGUCUAGCAGAGUCACAGUCUUCAUACAAAGCUCUGCUAGAGAAGAUGAUUCGAGAUGCCAUGCACCAGAGUGUCAUCUAUAAGGAGCAGGUCAGAUUGAAUCAAUCAGCAAACAAUUCUCUGAUGGCAAGACUUGAAGCACAGAGAGCAAUAUGCGAUUCUUCAGAGAAGGAACUCCACAAAAAGUUCAAACAGAGAGAUGAGCUUGAAACACAGAUUAGGCCCCAAUGGGAACAAGCAAGAAAGAGAUCGAGAAUGGAUGAUACCCUGUAUGCAGAAAGGGAUGAUAAAAGUAUUCUGUACCUACCAGAAACCAGAGCGAGGAAACCUUCUAAAAAGGAACUAAGAGUAUUCCUAGAAGAAGAACACAAGGCGUCUAAAGCUGGUUUAUCUCUCAAUGAAGAAGGAAAGCAAGAAGAGCUGGAAGAGGGAAAGGUGGAAUUUGAAAGCAAUACUGACAGAGAGAAUCCUGAGGAACAUAACAAGUCACUUGAUGCUGUGGAUAAUGAAUCACCAAUUGAGAACAAGCUUCAUAAUUUAGAGAUCCAAGAACCGAACGAGAGGAAGAUUUUGAAAGGUUCAGUUCUCCGAAGUCCUAUACAAGAGGAAGAUGAGGAAGACAGAAAACAACUUGGAAAGGGGAAUGUGGAGAAGUGGCUCCAAAUGCUUCUAGACAACACAGAAGAAGGAGACUCUGUCAACUUGCCUACUGUAAAUGCUUAUGAAUGUGAGGCAAGCAGAACUGGUGAAAUAAUAAGAAAACUGAAUCACAAGAAUCCACAGAAAGAGGUCAAGGUUUUGAAAUUCCCUACCUCAGAGAACAAGCAGAUUGGCCUGCAAACUCUGCAGGAAAGAAAGGGUGGAACGAGGAGGAGUCACAUUGUUGACAUGGAAAGUAACGAAAUCAAAUUGGAGAAUACCAGUAAAUUUGAAGUCAGCAUAGGCAAAGGUGUUGGGAGUAGUAAGAUCUUUGAAGAUAAUGAGAGAAAAGAUAGGGAAGUACGAAAGGAAAAGGGAGGUAGGUCUGAGAGUGCUAGGCCUGUUAGGCCUUCUUCACCUUCUGUGAUAUUGGGAAUGAGAAAGGGGGUAGAUUGUAUACGGAAGAAGCCUGUGGUAGUUGGGUCUGAUGAAGAUGCUGAAGAGGCUCUUUUCAAUGAGAGUGCUAGGCCUGUUAGGCCUUCUUCACCUUCUGUGAUAUUAGGAAUGAGAAAGGGAGUAGAUUGUAUACGGAAGAAGCCUGUGGUAGUUGGGUCUGAUGAAGAUGCUGAAGAGGCUCUUUUCAAUGAGAGUGCUAGGCCUGUUAGGCCUUCUUCACCUUCUGUGAUAUUAGGAAUGAGAAAGGGAGUAGAUUGUAUACGGAAGAAGCCUGUGGUAGUUGGGAAUGAGAAAGAGGCUCUUUUCAAUGAGAACAACUUCAUUAAAUCAGCCAUGAAGACAAUUAAGAAGGGAGUGAAGAUAUGAAGCAGUAUACUGUGCAAUUCUCCAUGAUAGUUUAGGAUGUUAACUAUUCUUUAGCUGAAUAAGUGUUUGUGGUACUCAAAUUUUCCAUUGUCUUUGAUGGCCUCAGAAUGCUGGCCAUAGCUUCUCAAGUGUUUUCUUUGUCGAUUUUUGUAGACAAAGUUCGGUUGUGUAUGUGUGCCAUAUAUUUGUUGUAACUAUAGUUGUUCCUUUUAUAAAUAAGAGUGAUCUUCAUGGUUUUUCACGUA